CCGUAAGCCGCGCUCACCUUCAACACAGAUGAUCCGCACUCGUUUUUGCCGCCCAACGGUUCAAGCACAAAAAUCCUCCAAAACCUAUUCCUCUUCCUUUGCCUUCCUCCUCCCUCUCAUCCCAACCCAUUUCCAUUGACACCCAAGAAGAUGGAAAUACCAGUAGCGGAAGAAAAAGCCUUUGACGUUGUAAUCCUGGGCGGCUCUGGCUUCACAGGAAAAUACGUAGUCAGAGAAGCCCUGAAAUUCCUCAACAACACAACAACAUCAUCUCCCCUCAAAUCCCUCGCUCUUGCUGGCCGCAAUCCCUCCAAGCUCUCCCAAACCCUCAAAUGGGCCUCUUAUCCUGCGCACCCUCCUCCCCUCCCCAUCCUCCACGCGGACGUCUCCGACCCUCCCUCCCUCCUCUCCCUCUGCCGCCGCACCAAGCUCCUUCUCAAUUGCGUCGGCCCCUUCCGCCUCUACGGCCACCCCGUCGUAUCCGCCUGCAUCGAGGCAGGCACCGACUACCUCGAUGUCUGUGGCGAGCCUGAGUUCAUGGAGAAGAUGGAGGCGAUCUACCAUGGGAGGGCUACUGAGGCUGGUUCCUUGGUUGUCUCGGCUUGCGGAUUCGACUCCGUCCCUGCCGAGAUGGGGUUCAUCUUCAAUUCGAGGCAGUGGGCCCCGCCCACAGCGCCAAAUCGGGUUGAGGCAUACUUGAGCUUGGAAUCUGAGAGGAGGAUUGUUGGGAACUUUGGGACGUUCGAGUCGGCAGUUCUUGGGGUGGCAAAUGCGGGGCAGCUGCAGGAGCUGAGGCAGUCCAGACCCAGAAGAGCUAGGCCUGUGAUUCCUGGCCCUCCUCCUUCCAAAGGAGCAAUGAUAGAACACCAGGAGUCAAUUGGUCUUUGGGCAGUGAAGCUACCUUCUGCAGAUGCCACUGUUGUUCGAAGAACGCUUGCAUCUUUAACUGAGAACCCACAUGGCCUUCCUGGCUCUAAUGAGAGUGACGAACACAUCGAGAAGAGGAGGAAUUUCUGGGCAACAGUGAAACCAGCCCAUUUUGGCGUGAAGAUCGGCUCCAAAUCUUUGCUGGGUAUCUUGGGAUGGAUUGUUAUUGGAAUUUCCCUUGGUCUCCUUGGAACAACUGCAUUUGGGAGGUCACUUCUCUUAAAAUACCCUGAAAUUUUCACCCUUGGGGGAUUUCAAAAGACAGGCCCAACAGAAGAAGAGGUGAGGAGUGCUACCUUCAAGAUGUGGUUCGUAGGACACGGUUACAGUGAUGGCAGUCUCACAUCGAGGGGAAGUGGAAAACCCAAUAGAGAAAUAAUCACCAGAAUCUCAGGGCCUGAAAUUGGAUAUGUAACCACUCCGAUAAUUCUAGUUCAAUGUGCUCUAAUUCUGUUGGGCCAACGCCAUAACUUACCAAAAGGAGGUGUUUUCCCACCAGGGAUUGUUUUUGGUCCGACCGAUCUCCAGGAAAAGCUCCAAAAGAAUGGAAUGUCAUUUGAAGUUAUCUCAACAAAAACUCUCCCUGCCUGAUUGAUGGGGGUUGAAUUUCGAGUGGUACGUGGCUUUCAAUCUUCAUGAAAUGUUUGAGUUCUUAGAUUAAAGCACCUUUAAAAUCUGACAGUUUAACACAGCUUAAUAAUAAAUGUAGUUUUUUCCUCC